CGCAUAUUCUAUGGAGGUUUGCUCUUUCCCGCUUAAACCCCCUAAAACAGUCACCACCGACCGCGUCUCUUCUCUGUCCUUCAUCCCAAACUUCUCCUUGUCCCCUAAAACCUCCAAAGGUUUUCAGUUACUAGUUAAACCGGCUAGGUUGCGGCGCCUAUCAGUUGUUGCAGCUGUUGUUGAUGAUAAAACUUCAGUGCCAGGUGAUUGUUCGAGUGGGGAUGAGUUGUCUGUUUCUGAAGCUGGAGGGAAUAGUGAAAAUGGGGAAGGGUAAGGUGGUGUUGGGUCCUUGGAUGACCACAAAAUGAGCCGGAUAUGCGAUGAACUGAUUGAGGUUUUCAUGGUUGAUAAGCCCACUACAACUGACUGGAGAAGAUUAUUAGCUUCAAGUAGGGAAUGGGAUGAAAUCAGGCCUCAUUUCUUUAAGCGGUGUCAGAACCAAGCAGAUGUUGAGGAUGAUCCUGGAAUGAAGCAUAAGAUUCUUCGGCUUGGUCGGAAAUUGGAAGAGGUAGACGAAGAUGUGCAAAGACACAAUGAACUGCUUAAAGUUGUUAGAGAGGCUCCAUCUGACAUUAGUGAUAUAGUUGCCGGACGCCGCAUAGAUUUCACAGAAGAAUUUUUUGUCCAUCUUCACACAGUUUCCGAGUCCUAUUAUGAGAAUUUAGAAGAGCCAAAAGCCCUCAUCCAAUCCAGUGUAUGUGGCCAAUUCCAUCGGCUCAGCUUCAGGAAGAUAGACAACUUGGCUGAGAAAUAUCAACUUGAUUCAACAUUUCGUUCCUCUCAUUCUGAAAAUCCAUCUUCUCCCUACACUGUUUCAGAUUUGAGCUCCCCACAAAACCCAGAUGCCAAAUUCUCCGAAACACAGUCACUGAGCCAGAGCUUAAGACCUUAUUUGCUUGCGCUCUGGCUUCGAUCAUGUCGAAGUCUAAAGGACGUGAGUAGAGUUCAUGCACUUAUUUUGAGGUGUAUAAGUAAUCCUGUUACUUAUGUUUACAAUAAUUUGAUGUGUGCGUAUCUGGGUUUUGGGAAGCUAAUCCUUGCACGCAAGGUGUUCGAUGGAAUGAUUGUGAGAAAUGUGGUUUCGUGGACUGCUAUUGUUAAUGGGUACUUGAAUUUUGGGUUGGAUGAUGAAGCUUUGGGGUUGUUUAGUGAGGCUGUUGAUGAGGGGAUUCAGCCAAAUGGGAAUAUGUUUGUGUGCGUGUUGAAUUUGUGUUGUAAGAGGUUGUAUUUCGAGCUUGGGAGGCAAAUCCAUGGAGGGAUUGUGAAAGGUGGGUGGAGUAACAUGAUUGUUGACAGUGCGAUUGUUAAGUUGUACGCGCAAUGUGGAGAGUUGUCGAGCGCUUUUCAUGCGUUUGAUCAGAUGACAAAAUUGGAUGUAGUUUGCUGGACAACUAUGAUUACUGCUUGUUCACAACAGGGGAAGGGGGAGGAGGCUUUCUCGUUGUUCUUGCAGAUGUUAAGUGAUGGAUUUUUUCCAAAUGAGUUUACGGUGUGUGGUGUGCUCAAGGCUUGUGGUGAAGAGAAGCAGUUGAGGUUUGGAAGGCAGUUGCAUGGUGCUAUAAUGAAGAAGAUAUACAAAAGCGAUAUUUAUGUAUCCACUUCGCUUGUGGAUAUGUAUGCAAAGUAUGGGGAGAUUGAAGACUCGAGAAACGUGUUUGAUGGAAUGAGGAACAGGAACACAGUUACAUGGACAUCUAUUAUAGCAGGGUAUGCAAGGAAGGGUCUCAGCGAGGAAGCCAUAAGCCUCUUCCAACUAAUGAAGAGGCGAAACAUACAUGUCAACAACUUGACCAUUGUAAGCAUCCUCAGAGCAUGUGGACUGAUAAGGUGUUCCUUGUUGGGUAGGGAAGUUCACGCACAGAUGAUAAAGAACUCAGUUGAAACAAACUUAUAUCUAGGAAGUACUCUAGUGUGGUUCUAUUGUAAAUGUGGGGAGUAUUCUACUGCCACAAAGGUUCUCCAACAAAUGCCUCUUAGAGAUGUUGUCUCUUGGACUGCCAUCAUUUCCGGGGCACAUCUUGGACAUGAGUCUGAGACUAUUGAGUUAUUGAAAGAAAUGAUGGAGGAUGGUGUGGAACCCAAUGCAUUUACUUAUUCAUCUGCUCUGAAAGCAUGUGCUAACUUGGAAACUGUUAUGCACGGGCAAUUGGUUCACUCUUCUGCAUUUAAAAGGCCGGCCAUUUUCAAUGUAUAUGUGGGGAGCGCUUUGAUUUACAUGUAUGCAAAAUGUGGCUAUGUGACAGAGGCCUCUCAAGUUUUUGACAGCAUGCUGGAACGGAAUCUGGUCUCGUGGAAGGCUAUGAUAGUGGGUUAUGCAAAGAAUGGUCACUGUCAAGAAGCUUUGAAGCUCAUGUAUCGAAUGCAAGCAGAGGGUUUUCAGCUGGAUGAUUACAUCCUUGCUACUGUUCUAACUACAUGUGGAGAUCUUGAGUGGGAUAUUGAUCCUUCAUUUGAGUGUAGCCUGCGGUCCAGGUGAUCUAUUCAUUUGAUUACACUUUCAAGCCCUGUCUGCUUUCUCUCAACCCCUUUUUGAUCUUCCUCCGAAGCGAAACACCGCCGUUACAGAUCUGUCAGGUUUGCUCUCUGUUAAUCAUCUUCACUUGAUUCCUGCAUUCUCAUGUUUAAUUCUGUGAUUGAUUCUCUUUUGUGUGUUAGAUAUGGAUGAUAUAUUCAGUUAUGGCUUUUACUGUGUUUGGUCAAAUGUUGAUAAUUUAACCUUUGUUCUAUGCUAUUGUAUUGGAAAGGUGAAGGUUAUUGGUUCUUUCUGCUUUUCAUUAAUUCUAGUAGACCUUUGUUUUUGUAAUUUCGGUUGAGUUGAAUGAAUGUUAGGGAAGUUUUUGGGAUGAGAAUGUUGUAAUGAUUGAUCAUAAGACUGUAAAUUUGUUGAGAUGGAGCUGUAAUUUCACUAUUUUGUUUGCGCCGGCGAGAGUUAGGGGUUUAAGCCACAUAAUUAUUGAAGGAAACUGAUUUUUUAUGAGCGGGAAAGAAAUUUAAACCCGUCUAGUUAGGUACUUUAUUAGUUUAUUACUGUUUGAGUUUGGUAGCUCUUUUUGGUUUUCAUACCACUUUUCUGAGCUUUGUUCUUGUUUUUAUCAAUUAACUUUCAACUGUACAGAGAACUUUAACUUCUUCUUUUUUUGUCCUUUUCUUUUUUUGUGUGAAUGUGGCCAUAUAAGGUUGUGGUAAUGAUAUUGGCCUUUUAGGUAUCUGAGAACAGUAGAGGAGCUCAAUAGAGUAGAACUGCAGGAUAUGCGGAGGGAGGAUAACCUUGCUUUCAUUAUAAAUCUUUACAAUAUGAUGGACAUCCAUGCAAUACUGGUGUAGGGUCAUCCAGAUGGAGGAAUACAUCCAAGGAAGUUGUUUGGAGACUCCUAAUACGUAAUUGGUGGGUUGCAUUUUCACUUUCAGAUAUCCAAAAUGGUAUUUUAUGGGGAAACAAGCUACCACCAUACAAUCUCAUGAAGCCUUUUAAUCCAACAGAUAAAAGAUGUCUCUUCCUUAUCCAGAGCCUCUUGUUCAUUUUGCACUGGUUUUUGGUACUCAAUCUGACCCUGUCCUCUGAUGUUAUUCUCCAGGGGACAUUCCCAAAGAAUUGAUGGAAGCAGCAAGUAGCUUCUUACGAUUAUUGAUUUUGAUACCAAGGAGCUACUAAGAUUCGUAAAUGUUAACCAAGGCAUUACAAGCUGAUCAAGGAAGAGAAUGAUUCGAGAAUCUAGCAAUAGGAUGAUAACCAGCAUUGACAAUGGCAUCGGCUACAACAGUUAGCUUUGCGAUUCAUAUGUCGAAAAUUGGAGUGAUGGAGUGAUUAUUCGCGUUUUUAAGGUCCGUUAUUGGCUACUUGCACAUUCUCCAUGUUUCUGUAAUUCUGGAGGUUGACCGAAGAAAUGUUUGUGUGUUGCAUAUUUAGCCAUAUAGAUUGUUAGAUAGAAGCCAGAAGUCUCUUUGCAUAUGACGUUGUGAAUGAGCCACUUGCUUGUCACAAAACUUAUGAUGGAAACUCAUGAACAUUAAUGAACUUUGAUAGGGUCGGAUCACUAGAAGCCCCUCUCCUCUCGAACAAGAAUUUUUUUUAAAUUUUUUUUUAUGGAGGCAUCUUCAAUUUUUGCUUGCUCAUUUGGGGUUAUGCUUGCUUCAAAUGGGCACAUCAUUGCUUCAAUAUUCACUGGGAUUGAUAGUCACUCAGAU